UCGCCGCAUAGAAGACGACACGAAAUGUCGGACUACGGAGCCAGCAGCUACAAGUCGCCGUGCCACUGGGUUCGCUGCAGCGGAAAGCACAUUCCGCACAACGCCGUUGCCGGGGGCGAGGAAAAAGACGGCAAGUUCAAGUUGUUCGUGGCCCGCGCCGUGCACAAGGGCGACGUGCUGCCGGGCAAAGUGGUCCCUUCCCUGGGCACCUGUUACGUGUCUUACGGUGGCGUCGAGAUCAAGUACACCGACUACCAGGCACUCGUCUCCGACAGUGACAACCUGACUUGGCUGCCGGGAUCCGGGGGCGGGGUGCCCACUGGAGCCAUCCAGGGUGGCACUACGUCCAAGGGCGAGCCGCUCUACAUCGGCCGCGUCCAUCUCAAAGACGGCGUGGUCAUCGGGAAGGUGCACCCUUCCAAUCAAUGCAUGUAUAUUCCCUACUACGAAAAGGAGUACAAGUACACCGACUACGAGGUGCUUGUCUGCAAGACAGUCAACUUCUGAGGAGACGUCGCGCGACGGCGGUUCGGCCAUCGACGCCAGCUAUACUCACUGUGUACACGUAUACCGACAAAUGAUCGCGUUGCAAAGGAUCCUUUUGAGUCGUUUAUCCGCCAUCAUGCCGAGUGGUGUUGGCGGCGCCUCGGCUUCUGCCGUUUUCAACAGAGUAAAUUUUGGAAAGCGUGUUUCUGUAUUGCGCCGUGAUUUUAGGGCUCUGCUUGCCAGACGUGUCGACUUUAUCGAGUUCCUUCCAGAGUUGAAACGAAAAUUCGGGACAGGCAGGAUGGCAGAACGCUGAGGGAGCUCAACUUUUCAAAGAAUGAAUAAACAGACGUAUGUAUUA